UUUCAGGGAAGAUGCUUGGCAAAACAUUGAUCGGUGUCGGGAAGUUGACAUGCCGCUCGCGACGGUCGGACUUUUUUCAAGUUUAUUUUGUGUAGAAUGAUUUUGGUUUAUUGCAUUUAGUGUUUGUUAAUAGAAUGGCUUCUUCCUCGAACGGUAAUGGGAACCUGAUGGAUGAAUUCGAAGAGGCUUUUCAGGCCUGCUUGAAUGCCCUCACCAAACAAGAAUCCAAUACAGGCGUAACAAAAGAAGAAGUUGAAUUUGAAGUACAGGCAACAGCAAAUAAAUUCAUCGAUGUCGCACGUCAAAUGGAAGCAUUCUUCCUUCAAAAGCGUUUUGUGAUCUCAGCUCUCAAACCCGAAAUGCUUUUGAAGGAUGAAAAUCAGGAACUCAAAGCCGAAAUUGCACGAAAAGAUCAAUUAAUCAAUAAACACUACGCACGUCUAGAAGAAUGGAAAUCUCUACUUUCCGAUCAACAGCAGCAGCAAGGCUAUAAUAAACCACCUCAAUCACAACCCGAUAUGCGAGCGAUAAAUGCCAAUCCUGCCGGUAUUCCACAAAACGGACCAAGUCAAAUGGGUAUGGUUGGAGGCGCUGGUGGCGGAGGUGGUGGGGCCGGUGGGAUCCCGGGAAGUCUUCAAGCUCAAUUGCAACAACAACAACAUCUUCAACAGCAACAACAUCAACAACAAAUGCUUCAGGCACAACAGAUGCAGCAAAUGCAACAGAUGCAGGUCGGCGCUCAGCAGCUAUACAUGCAACAAGGUGGACCUGUCGGAGCUCGUGGGGCAUUCAACCAAGGUGCUAAUGUUUUGCAGGGUCCUUUAGCAUACUUGGAGAAAACAACAAGCAAUAUAGACCUUGUAGGCAUGGGUGAUGGACGAAGGUGACGCGGGCGGGGUAGGGGGCGAGGCAGAGGUCGUGGUCGAGGCCGUGGCCGUGGAAGAGGCGCCGCUCCCGAGUUUCACGGCUCACCGUUAUCCUAGAAUGAAGCAGAAUAUGUAUUACUGAAUAAAUAGAUUUUUUUAGUCACUACACUAAUGAAAACUUAACAUUAAUGUAAAGAAAGAAGCAAACAAAACCUCUGAAAAUUGUACUAAAGUUAUAUGCAUCUUGUAUUCCAUUCGUCUUAAAUGUAGCUACAUGUUCGAAGCAAAGAGAAUCAAAUGCCAACUAUAACUCUGUCGAAAAAUGGACUACUCAUGUGAAACCUCUAACAUCCUCCGUGAAAUUGACUAACAAACUGUUCCUCAACAUGAAACUUCCUAACAUGUGUCCAAAUUUCUUAAGGCGACUCUUUUUUUUUUUUAAAUUUCCAAACUAUCUUAGUUUCCGAUUAAUUGGUGCCUACCAAAUUGUUUUAGUCAAACCUUUGUUUUGCAAUUCUUCAUGAAAAAUAUCUUCCAGACUUUAUACAGUAACGAAAACAUAAAUAUUCCAAUCAACUCUUGAUAACGUGGAUAGCUGUGAAGCGACCAGCCCCUUUUAAAAAUAGAAUAUACUCGGAUAAACCAAUGGUGAAGUACUUAAAUUUCUCACUCGUGCACUUUUGUUUUGUUUAAACUAAAUAUGGAUCGACGUAUGAAAGAAACGCCAGAGAAAGACUUACCAAAUUUAUCAAAAUUCCAAAGACUCUGCAAGGGUCUAAAACUACCAUGAUAAGUUGAACGAAUUUAAAAAUGAAAACCAAAUUGAAUUUUUAUACUUUGAACAUUUCAAAAUUAUACAUUUUGAUAUUAAUUAAUUUAUUCCCAUGUGAUAUUUAACACAUCAUGAAAUUCAUUAGAAUUUAAAGAGAAAAUUCUUAAAUUGAAAAUAUUGCACGACUUCACCUUGAUACAUUUAGAAUUUUUCGAGGCAAACGAAAUUAUAAAGUUGGAAUAAUUUAGAUGAUUUGAUUUCAGGAUUUUCUGGAUAUAUUCCACAUAAAUAAUAAUGCAGAUUUUAGUUUGCAAUCAUUGCGAAAACCAGUUAUGAAAUGAUAAAAAUAAAAGAAUGAAAUGAAAAUAAUUGAACACAGCUCUACCUUGAAGCAAUCUGACAUCAUUCAGACGAGCCGAAUUUUAAUAUUCAAAGUGUUUGCGUGAUUAUAAUCCUGCAAAGUUUUCAAAUUUUAUUUACAGAUUUCGUUUAGACCUACCAUAAAAAAAUAUCCAAUGCAAUAUUAUUUUUCAAUGCAAAUAAAUAAUUAUGUAAUCAG